AUGUCCCUCGAGACCGGCGAGCCACCAAAACUGUACGGCGUCAACUUCCAGCCGCCGGCACCGUUCGACUUCGCGAACCCGCCAACGUGGGCGACAUGGCUCAGCCGCUACGAAGACUACGCAGUGGUUUCAGGACUGACGAAAGCGUCGGAAGACACGCAGGUACGCUCGCUACUGUACUGCAUGGGCCCGGAGGCCCGCCCGCUUCUCGAGACCUCGCUCGACGCCCAGUCGCUUGCUUCAUACCAAGCCGUUGCCACCCGCUUCACUGAGCACUUCGUGCACCCGGCAAACGAGCUUUACGAAUCGUCACGGUUCCACAGACGCGUUCAGCUGCCCGACGAAAGCGUCGACACGUACUACGCAGAACUGCGCAGGAUGGUCAAGCGCUGUAACUAUCCGCCUGCUGCUGUCGAGGAAAGGCUCGUACGCGACCGGUUCGUCGUCGGCCUCCGCGACUCCCGUCUCUCGGACCAGCUGUGCCGGAACGCGAAGUUGACACUACAGGACGCCUGGACACAAGCCCGUCAAUCCGAAGACGCCGACAGGGAAAAGGCGUUGCCCCAGAACCGCACCGAGCACUCCCGCGAGCUCAACCUCGACGCCGCAAAAGCUAGCAAGUUCCCCUCUCGCCGCCGCUCCGCCGCUAAGCCUCGUUCGCCGCAGUCGCUAGCAGAGCGCUCACGCGAGCCGUCCACAUGUGAAUUCUGCGGCCGCGCGCCUCAUCGACGUUCAGACUGCCCGGCCCGUCGCUCCACCUGCAACUUCUGCAAAAAGAAAGGCCACUUUGCCGAAGUAUGCCGCUUGCGGAAGUUCAAGCAGUACAAGCUCAGCUCCGUUCACCUGCACGCCGUCGCGACGCCCGCCUCGGCAAAGUUCGUCGACGUCACCGUUGACGACUACACAGCGCAGUUCAAGGUCGACUCCGGAGCCGAAGUAUCUGCUGUUCCCAGCGACUUUCCUACCUUGCCUGCCACACUCGACCAAGUCGACACUCUGCUCACUGGCCCGGGAGGACAGCCACUGCGCGUGCUGGCGCUCCAAGCUCUCCAAGUAGUUCGGUUUCUUGAUCAACUCAAAACUUCAAAAGCGACGCUGCACGCCGAGCUCUUCAAUGGAUUGGGAACCCUCAAGGACGAAUACAACAUCCGGUUGAAACCCGAUGCCGUACCUUUCUCGCUAAGCGUACCUCGCAGGAUCCCCAUUCCGCUGCUCGAGAUUGUCCGCCGCGAGCUGGACAAAUUGGAAAGCGCAGGCGUGAUCCGUAGGGUCGACAAGCCAACACCAUGGUGCUCGGGUCUCGUCGUCGUCCGGAAAGGCGAUGGUUCCUACCGCCUCUGCGUCGACUUAACACAACUCAACAAGGUCGUCCUUCGUGAAAGACAUAUUCUGCCAACUGUCGAGCAAGUCCUUGGCCUCCUCGGCGAUGCAACAGUUUUUUCGAAGCUGGACGCGACCGCAAGCUUCCACCAGGUGAAGCUCGCUGAAGACUCCCAAGAGCUUACGACAUUUAUCACCCCAUAUGGCCGAUACUGCUUCUGCCGGCUCCGCUUUGGCAUCACCUCCGCACCCGAGUACUUCCAAAAGCAGAUGGAAAGAAUCCUGGAGGGCCAAGAAGGAGUCGCCAAUAUGAUAGACGAUAUUUUGGUUUUUGGACGCACCCGCCAGAAACAUGACGUCACACUGAGCCAGGUGCUAUCUCGCUUUGCAAAAGCAGGUAUCACAUUGAACCAGGACAAGUGUCGUUUUGGGGUACCCGAGGUCUCCUUCCUCGGAGUUGUCGUCUCGGCACAGGGCAUCAGGCCAGAUCCGGGCAAGGUCGAAGCAGUCAAAGCCAUGGAAGCCCCAACGGACGUCGCUGGCGUUAGAAGACUGCUCGGAAUGGUGAACCAUCUUGCCAGGUUCUUGCCACACAUCUCGGACGUCACGGCUCCCAUCAGAGCCUUACUGAACAAGUCUGCGAGUUGGGUGUGGCAGCACCAGCAAAAGGCAGCGUUCGAGAAAAUCGAGGAACUCUUGACGUCAGACAGGUGCAUGUGCAAGUACCACCCGUCGUACGCCACUACGGUGUCUGCAGACGCAAGCUCAUUCGGACUCGGCGCAGUUUUGCUACAGACGCAACCCUCAGGAGAGCGCCACCCAGUCGCAUUCGCUUCGAGGUCAAUGACCGAUACCGAGCAGCGUUACAGCCAGACUGAAAAAGAAGCUUUGGCAACGACGUGGGCUAUCCAAAGGUUCGACGAGUUCGUCCGUGGCAUCCCCUUCGACGUCGAGACUGACCACCUGCCACUCGUUUCGCUUCAGGGCAAGAUGGAACUGGACGUGUUGCCGCCUCGUAUUCAGAGACUACGGCUGAAGACCAUGCAAUACCAGUUCCGUAUGCUGCACGUGCCAGGAAAGCUGCUAGCCACAGCUGAUACGUUGUCGCGCAUCACCUACAAGCCACCCACUCCUCUAGACACUAUCGAACUUUUUGCAGCACAGGUAGUCGGCUGCACGUCGGAAGUCUUGCCACUCAGCCCUAAAGACGUGCGACAGGCACAAGAGUCCAAUGGCGAGUGCAAAGCCCUCGCUUCCUACUGCCAGAAUGGUUGGCCUAAAAAGACCACGAUACCACUGCACCUUACAAAGUACGCCUCGGUGGCAGACGAGCUCUCUAUCUGCGACGGUGUUCUGUUGAAGGGCGCCCGGUUAGUCAUCCCAUCGUCCCUUCGGCCAGCGGUCUUGACGCUGUUGCAUGAAGGUCAUCAGGGCAUCAACAGGACCAAAGCCCUAGCUCGGGAGUCAGUUUGGUGGCCCGGUAUCUCGACAGACAUCGCCUCUCUCGUUGCCAACUGUGAACAGUGCGCUUCCACCCGCGUGAACUUUGCCGAGCCCCUGCGCUCCACAGCCCUACCUGGACAUCCCUGGGAAUUCCUUGGAAUAGACUUGUUCCACCUCAACGGCCAGACGUUCAUCCUGGUGGUGGACUAUUACUCAAGGUUCCCUGAGGUGGUGACCCUGAGGAGCACGACAGCUCAGGCAGUCAUUGACGCUCUCAAAUCCAUCUUUGCCCGCCAUGGAAUCCCGCAAGAAGUCAGGUCCGACAACGGCCCACCGUUCUCGUCGCAAGAGUUCGCGGCAUUUGCAGCGUCAUACGGCUUUAACCACAGGACCAGCAGUCCACACUACGCUCAAUCGAACGGAGAGGCGGAGAGGAUGGUGCGGACUAUCAAGGACCUGUUUCGCAAGUCAAAGGAUCCUCAUCUGGCUCUGCUCAGCUAUAGGGACACUCCAGGAGUCAACGGCUUUAGUCCAUCCCAGCUGUUGAUGGGACGUCAACUGAGAACCAGAGUCCCAAAGCAAGGCUCCCAGCUAUGUCCCAACUGGCCUCCAAUGAAAGAAGUCGUCGCCAAGGAUGCGUCUUACAAGCAGAAGCAGGCCGACAAUUACAACAGGCAUCAUGGAGCUCGAGACUUGCCGCCACUCCAAACAGGUCAGCGCGUCUGGGUGCGACCCGAACAAGUGCAGGCUACGGUCCUCAGUCCGGGGCAAAGACCAAGAAGCUACGUGGUCGAAACGGAGCGAGGUGGCACCCUACAGCGCAACCGGCGUCACCUAGUGCCUUUUGGGACUACUGCCUCCGGAGAGGAACCACCACCACUGCAGCAAGUUCGCUGUCAGGAGCCUCGGCCUGCCAACAUCGUGGAAUCAACGGUCCCCCUCGGACAGUCCGUGCAACAGUCCCCUGCAGUCAGGGACCGCAGUGACGGUGUGACUCGAACACGUUACGGCCGGCCUAUCGUUCCGCCACGCCGUUUGAACUUGUGA